GGCGUGAGCACAACGACUUCUCGGUCAAGGUCCAGAUGCAUUCCCGUCAAUCACGCAUCCAAGCACACCCACGUUGGAAUCGAGCUCUUUCGCUGUCAUUCAACCAUUUUCUCUCUUUGGCGUUGAAUCUACCGAGUUUGCAGUAUCGCUCUCGAAAUGCCUCACAGUCGUAUGAUGCUGUCUAGCCAAAGCCUUACUGGGCAUGGAACUGAAAAACCCUCGCUGCACUACGUGCCGUAUCGAACAACCGCCGGUAACGUCACUGCCGCGUCUCAAUUGGACCUCUACCGAGCCUCUCUCUCAUCGUCAAUCCCCCCAGAAUGCUUCACUCCAUUGUCUUGCGAAGUAAUGUUUUGACGCCCGCUGUCCAACUCGGCUCCAUGCAGCGUGUGUCCCGACCCUCCAGAUGAACCAGAAACAAGUAGACGAAUCAGCCACUUAUAUGAAAAGCUACAGCUUUGGUCAGCUUUGGUUGGUCCACGUCUGUCAUUUCCGGAGAGGGAAUUAUGCAACAGCCCACAUCUGCAGUACUACUUCAGCUACAUGGGAAAAAAAAAUGGGAAAUAUUAAUAAAAGAAAAAAAAAACAAUCGAGUGCCACAAAAGGAGUUAGAAAUGGAGGAAUUCUCAUUUCGGCCCUGUUAGAGUUGGGGAGUUGCUUUUGAGCAUCCCAGGCUGGGCCACUCAGUAAUAGUGAGCAUGUGAAGGGAUUGUGAAAGGAUCAAGUGGUUUCCUACUCAUGCCAUGUGUACGACUUUCUUUUUGGAUAAUAAGUAGCGGUCAUAAUAUGAUAUUAACCAGGAUCUAUUAGUCACAGAUUAUGUUAUCACAUUCUACCUUUACUCAUAUUGGACCGAGCCGAAGGAACCGCUGAGACGCGACAGGAUACCGCCGACACAGGUCAUUGAUAUAGCAACGCGUAUGAGCAGCCUGGCAUCGCGGUCGAAACAUCUGUCACGAGUACAAGUCCACCAACGCACGAGUCGCGGCAUCAGCUCUUGAUACGCGACAACCCCUCGUCCAUACGUGUAGUCAUAUUCACGCCCUUGGCGUCACUUUGCCUGCCCAGCCCCUACUACAUGCCUCCUCGCCGUGAACGAGGCCCGUG